CUCCCACUCGGUGCAGACCGAACCAUCGCGGCUGCAGCCAGCCGGGCCCUCCGCGGCCGCGCGUCCUGGGCCCGUUCCGCCAGCCCCGUCUGCUCUCUACCAGCGGCCCCGCGACGGUGACCGUGAGGACUCGACGGCCCCUACAGCCCGCUCUCGGCCCUCUAUCCCUCGCGGGCCCCUACUCUCCCUCCUCGCAGUCCCCGGGAGCCUGGCGCCCGGCUCGGGCCGCACCGCCAGGGACUGGGGUGCGCGGCCCAGAAAUCUCCAAAUUAGACAUCCAGAGCAGCAUUCUUGUUCUUUCUACGUCUUGAAUUAGAAACUACCAAGGCUCUUUAAGUCCUGAAAAGGAAAUAAAAGAGUCAGUAUUCAAAGGGUGUUUGGCUUUUACUUCCUUUUCCUUCCACUGUUUGACUGAAGAAUUUUUGAAAUAAAAAAACAAAACAUAGGAAUCAUCUGUGAGGCUGGACACUGGACAGGGAACACAUCUGUUUCAUCAAUUUCCUGCUGCAGAGAGCAUUUUAAGAAAGGACAGCAUUCCUGUGACCUCUGCCUACCAUCCAUAAAAUACUCAUUCUCCUCUCAGCUCUGCCUGCAGUUGAACACAAAGACCUGAAGGAGACUCCCACCUCUUCAGGGAGAAGAAAGGAGGCAACGAAGCAGAUUAAAGGAACUUGUGGCUUGUGGCCUUUUUGUGCAAGGGCUGCCUGAAAGGGGAGAAAAGUGUAUGAAAGCCACCGUGGCGGUUAAUGAGCUGUGAGAUGAGGCGCUGCUGCGGCCGCUGCUGCUGACACUAGCUCCCAGGCUGCACCCGCUGCCCUUGGCGCUUCAUGUACAUGUGUCUAUUCAGGCCGUGCGGAGGCGUCCAGAAGAGCAUCCAACACGGCUGCCGGGGAAAGACCGCCCACCAUGCCCACGGAGACCCUACAGACAGGUAGCAUGGUGAAGCCGGUCAGCCCCGCAGGCACCUUCACCUCUGCCGUGCCCCUGCGUAUCCUGAACAAGGGGCCAGACUACUUCCGCAGGCAGGCCGAGCCCAACCCCAAGAGGCUCAGCGCCGUGGAGAGGCUGGAGGCCGACAAGGCCAAGUACGUCAAGAGCCAGGAGGUGAUCAACGCCAAGCAGGAGCCCGUAAAGCCCGCCGUGCUGGCCAAGCCCCCGGUGUGCCCGGCUGCCAAGCGCGCGCUGGGCAGCCCCACGCUCAAAGUGUUUGGCAACCACGCCAAGACCGAGAGCGGCGUGCAGAGGGAGAACCUCAAGCUGGAGAUCCUGAAGAAUAUCAUCAAUAGCUCCGAGGGCUCCAGCUCGGGCUCGGGGCACAAGCACAGCUCCCGCAACUGGCCGCCCCACCGGUCGGAAACCACCGACCUGCACCGUCACUCCUUCGCGGAGUCCCUGAAAGUCUACCCCACGCAGGGCCGCGGCAGCCCGCAGGAGGGCGGCUCCCACGUGAGCAGGAGACUGCUGGAACAGUCAGCCGAGUCCUUCCUCCACGUGUCCCACAGCUCUUCGGACAUCCGCAAGGUGACCAGCGUGAAGCCUCUCAAGGCCAUCCCCUGCAGUAGCUCUGCCCCUCCCCUGCCUCCCAAGCCCAAAAUCGCAGCCAUCGCCUCCAUGAAGUCCCCCGAGGCCGACCCUGUGGAACCAGCUUGUGGAGUCAGCCGAAGACCCUCCCUCCAGCGGUCUAAGUCAGACUUGAGUGACAGAUAUUUCCGAGUGGACGCGGACGUGGAGAGGUUCUUCAACUACUGUGGACUGGACCCAGAAGAGCUGGAAAACCUGGGAAUGGAAAACUUUGCAAGGGCUAAUUCUGACAUAAUAUCCCUCAACUUCCGCAGCGCAAGCAUGAUCAGCUCAGACUGUGAACAGUCUCAGGACAGUAACAGUGACCUUAGAAAUGAUGACAGUGCCAAUGACCGCGUGCCGUAUGGCAUUUCUGCCAUCGAAAGAAAUGCCAGAAUCAUCAAGUGGUUAUAUAGCAUCAAACAAGCUAGAGAGUCACAGAAGGUCUCCCACGUGUAAGACAGUGCGUGGAAAGGAGGGAGGGUGGGUCUCUGUGCUUACGCAGUUGUAAAGGUUGUGAGGUCUCCUUGAAGUGUUGUGAGCUUCUCCACUCUUUGUGUUGCUUGUUGUGCAAUGUUUUCAAGUUGCAUGCCUGUCAACAUGGGGACUGACCUGGCUUCCACGUCACCAUCGCUGCAGAGCCUGGCCGAACACGCGUCAUCUGCCAAAAGUUUCAGGCCAGAAUCUAAUUAGGGCUUUGCUCUUAAGCAAAACUGUUUACAUGAAAAUGGUAUACGACUUCUUCAAUAUUUAUGUGGUUCUUGUGUUUUUAUAUUCCGCGCUAUUAUGUCUUAAUUAAAAGUUUUAUCAACUGGCUUUUAAGUUGAGAGCAGAAUCUUUUUGAAAUAAAAAGCCACUUUGCCUACAUGUGAGACUAUUCCAAUGGGACAGUAAAUGGGAUCUACUACCAAACAGAUAGUGACUGACCGAACAUAGAACCAGGCUGGGUUUUCUGUGGAAUAAAGUGGUGAGCCUGACGUUAAUCGUUUACAUGUUGAAAUUCUCUUGCCACUUAGUGAAGUGUCGCUGGGGUAGCAAUGCUAAGUUUUGUGUCCGAUUCAGUGUAUAAAUGUUGGUGGUUCUGUGUAAUGCUGACCCCAAGGAAAGACAAUCAGAUAAAAUGAAGGAUGGUUAAAUCUAGGAGGUUGGGUGUUUGGGGGUUUUGUUGAUGUUGUUCUGAUUUGGGAUAUUUCAGAAAUUUUUAAUACUAUCUUUUGACAGAAUGGCCACCCUAAAACAAAUACUGAAUGCCUUUAAAAAAAAAAAAAAAAAAAAAAAAAAGUUGUGUUUUUUUUGUUUGUUUGUUUUUGUCAAGAACUACUAAUUUCAUGCUGUUUCUUUCUCUCUCCCUUUAUUGUUAUUUGAUUUGGGGGAAGGGAGUGAGGCUUGUGCAGGUUUGAGCUAUCGGAAGAUACGAACAGAAGUGAAAAUACCAGCCAUAUCAGUAGAGCCUCCCAUUCAAAAGUGAACACACUUGGUAGCUGAACCAUAUCUGAGCAGCGUGAUUCUGUUGUCUUGCAUAUGUUACUAUCUCAGGCUGUGGGUCUUUGUUACAGCUCUAGGAAACUGUAGAAAUUCAAUGCUAUGUAGCUUUUCCACCCCAUGGUCUCUAGUGCUGCCUAUCAACUUGUCCCCUUUUUUUCCCAAUAACCUGUCUUUCAGGUGGUACAGUUAGCUGUCACUCAGCUGACUCUAUGAUGUGGCAGCAGAGAGGGAAACCUACAAGUGGUUUGCCUCAUUGCCUUUGCCACAUCUGCAGUUCUCAGCAGCACUACCUUAGACUUCAUCAGCUAAUAGGAAACUUUUUAUGGUGUAAAUGCUGUAAGACUUUGUACAUACUUCAGUUGUUAUGAAAUCUUUAAAGAACAAAAAGAAAAAGUUACACUAAUAAAUUGCUCUGGUGCAGGCA